ACUGCUGUAAAGAUUUUGGAAGACUUUAUAAAUUUUGUGAAGUUUUUAUUUUACCAAUAUUCAGUAAGUCAGCAAUGUCUUCCUCCGAAGAUGAAAUGCCAGAAGGAAUAUCGUUUAUGCAAAGUAGAGAAGAAGAAAUAUUGAAACAGAAACUUGUACAACAGGAUUUACAACGGGAAAAAGAUAAAAAGAAAUUUAUUCAUCAAAGUCGAGAAAAAAGAAACAUUGCACAAAAGGAAAAAAAGCUGCUAUCAGUUGAACUAUUAAAGAAAGCUGAUGCAGCAAUUAAACUAGAUGAAGCGAGAAAAAAGAAGUUACAAGAAAAUUCAGACACCCACGAAAUUAACAAUGAACAAUCACAAGAUAUGGAAGAUGACAGUUUUGUUAAAAUUGCCAAAACUAAAGAGUUUACCAAACCCUUAUCUACUGAAGCCGUGAAUUUUAAAACAAAUCAUUUAUACAACGGCAGAAUUCGCAGAAUGGAUAAUAAGCAACAACAAAAUUUAAAACAUAAACUGAUGGCAAAAUCAAGUGAGUUAAUUUUGUCUAGUUAAACAGACAUACGAUUUGCAUUUGCACAAAAUAUAACGCAACGUCCUUUUUAGGAUGAUACACUUUUGAGGGCUCAAAAGGAAUAUAAGCGUUGUAAGUGCAGGCCGAUUUAUUCACUCCAAAAAUAUAUUAUUGCAUGGGUUGCAUAAUACAUUGCCGCAAGAGUGACAAACUUCACCACCCUUUUUUUCUGGGCAAGAGUGAUGCACAGUGUUUUUAAAAAUUAGUAGCUGAAGUACGGCAGUCAGCAACGUAUACAAAAAUAGUCUUUCAUUUUUUUGGUGAUAUUCAGCUAAAGUUUGGUUAUUUCUGUGAAUCUGUGGUUCGUAACUUACGUACCCCAGGCUUUUGUCUUGCUUGUACCAGGCAGUUGAACACUUGGAACUGUUAACAGUUUAUUUCUGGUUAAUAUAAUGACGAACACACCGAUUCUUUGAAAAAAGGUGCUAAAAAAAGUUGAACCUACCAUUGUGCUUAAAUUUCUUUUAAGUUUUGAGUAUGGUAACUUAUUAUUGAAGUGUAACCCAACUUGUUAAAUUAGUAAAGAAAAAAAGAUGGUUUCAUGUUUUAGUUUUUUUAAACACCCUAAAAAUUCUUUCAAGACAUAAUAAUUGUCAGUGGUCAUAAUAGUCAUAAUUAUAAUAAACCUAUCUACAUCAAUGUAA